GUAACAUCCAUGCAUGGUUCACAAACAUUAUUAAAUUACCGUGAAGUAGAACCGUAGAACCUUCCUUACCCUUGUACUCGCACACUCCUCCACCGUACCCCCUCUCCUAAACCAUCUAUAAUAUACCACGAAUACAGUACUACGCCUACUACAAGUCCACAUACAACUCUCCAUACAAACACACACAACCCUGAAACCCAGCAACAGCAACCGAAAUGACUACCACCCAAACCCCCAAAAUAACCCUCCACACCUACUUCCGCUCCUCCUCCGCCGCCCGCCUCCGCAUCGCCCUCCAUCUAAAAUCAAUCCCCUACACGUCCAUCCCCGUCAACCUCUUAAAAGGCGAACAAACCUCCCCAAGCAACACCGCCCUCAACCCCUCCGCCACCGUCCCAACCCUGGUCAUCCAAACCUCCACCUCAACAGUAACGAUCACCCAAUCCCUCGCCGCCCUCGAAUACCUCGAAGAAACCAUCCCCUCCCCCACCCACGCCCUCCUCCCGCCCCCCUCCAACCCGGAGACCCGCGCCCUCGUCCGCACCUUAUCCCAGAUAAUCGCCUGCGAUGUGCAGCCUGUGACCAACCUGAAGAUUCUGAAGCGGGUUGCGCCGUUCGGGUUCAAUCGGGAGUCGUGGUCGAAGGAGUUGAUUGAGGAUGGGUUCCGGGCGUAUGAGGCUAUUGUUGUGAAGACGGCGGGGAAGUAUAGCGUGGGGGAUGCGAUUACGAUGGCCGAUGUGUGUUUGCUGCCUGCUGUGUGGGGGGCGGAGAGAUCGGGCGUGGACUUGGGCGCGUUUCCUACUAUUCGGGGGAUUGCGGAGAGGCUGGAGACCGUGGAGGCGGUUAAGAGGGCGCAUUGGAGGACGCAGGGGGAUACGCCGGAGGAGUUCCGGGUGGAGGUUUAGAUUGGAAUAGGAACGUGGGGGUUCUAGAAGAAGAAGAGAAGUUUUGGUUUGGAACGAAGUAUAGCACUACGGUCGAGAGAAUGGGGAUGGAAUCGGGUUUGUCAUGGCAUGUUCUAAAUAAAUAGGUAUUCAUUCAUAGCUAUCUCAUGAUGGGAAAUCAAAUCUCAAGUUUU